GGCUCCCUGUCCUACUCGGGGAAUUAGCCUUUUCUUUUCCCACCGUCCCUCCCUCCUCUUUGCACCUUGGAGAGCGUGCUUCCAUCCAGCAGCAGCACUGCUCAUUUCUGAGGGAGACAAUGGAGCGGAGUAUUUAGGACACUUGGCAGGGUAGGCAUGGUGGAGGGGCUGAGUAGCUCAUCUUGUCACAUAGCCACUGGCAUGAUAGCUCUCCACAGCAAGGAAAACCAGGCGGUCCUGCUAAUGUUCCAUCAGCUGAGCUUCUAGCUGUUACCCCACCAGGUGGUCCUCGCUUCAACAUCAUGCUGCACCUCACCCUGCUCCUCCAUCUCCUGGUCCUCCCUCUCUGCUUUGCAGAUGCAUCAACGCAUGGGGAGUUACCUGACUUUUAUAGAGAUGAAGCCACAGGUUACGGGCCAGUGUUUGAGGAGCAGCCGGUGGAAACCAUCUACCCGGAGGAGUCGCCCGAGGCAAAAAUCACCAUGAGCUGCCGGGCCCGGGCCAACCCACCUGCCACAUACAAGUGGAUACUGGAAGGCAGGGAAAUUGACAUGAAAGCACAAAGCAGUCACUACAGAUUAGUAGGAGGCAACCUAGUCAUCAGCAAUCCCAUAAAAACCGAACAUGUAGGAGAGUACUUGUGUUUGGCUAGCAACCUGCACGGCACGAUCAUCAGCCGAAAAGCCUCGGUCCAGUUCGGAUACCUGGAUCUGUUCUCGUCGGAGGAGAGGGAGUCGGUGUACGUCAAAGAGGGGCAGGGGGCCGUGCUGCUCUGCGCUCCCCCACCACAUUAUCCAGCCGAGCUGUCGUUCCGAUGGAUCCUCAAUGAAUUCCCCACCUUCAUCCCGCUGGACAAGAGGCGUUUUGUCUCCCAGAUAACGGGUAACCUCUAUAUCUCCAAGGUGGACUCCUCCGACAGCGGCAACUACUCCUGCAUCGCCUCCAGCCAGUCCAUUUCCAAAAGCGUUUUCUCCAACUACAUCCCCCUCGUACCUCUGGCUGAACGUCCCAUCAGGAAAUACCCGGCUGACCUCAAAGUCAAGUUCCCAGACACCAUUGCUUUGGUGAGGCACAACAUCACAUUGGAGUGCUUCGCUUUGGGGAACCCCGUCCCUGAGAUCCGCUGGAAGAAGCUAGACGGACAGAUGCCACCCAAUCACGAGGUGCGGAUGGCGGGGGCUCAUCUGCACCUGUACAACGUGCAGUUUGAAGACGGAGGCAGCUAUCAGUGUGAGGCAGUGAACUCCAGAGGAAAGGACUACCACGCUGCACGUCUGUCUGUAGAAGCGUUUCCUGAGUGGGUGCAGCACAUCAGCAGCUCAGAGAAAGACCUCGGUAGGGAUUACACCAUGUCCUGCAAAGCAAGCGGCACACCUGAACCAAGCAUUCGUUGGCUGAUAAAUGGAGAACCGGCACUUGAGAGUGAGUCAGAGGCAGAAUACAGGGACAGUGGAGAGAGGUCCAUUGCUGAGUCCAACAGGAAAGACAUGAGGUUCAGCAGCUUGGCGUUUGGUAAUUCAGGGAUGUACCAGUGCAUUGCAGAAAAUCACCACGGGAUCAUAUAUGCCAACGCAGAGCUGCGAGUGUAUGCGUGUGCUCCCACAUUUAAACACAACCCAUUGAAGGACUUGAUGGCACCUAAAAAUGGCCGUGUGGUGAUUGAAUGUCGACCAAAAGCGGCUCCAAAGCCCACCUUCUCCUGGAGCAAAGGCACCGAGCUGCUCUCCAACUCUACCAGGGUGUUCAUCUUGGAGGAUGGGAGCCUGGAGAUCCUCAACGUGACGCGGGCAGAUAAAGGACGCUACACCUGCUUCGCCGAGAACGACCGGGGCAAGGCCAACAGCACGGGGGAUCUGUUGGUCACAGAUUCCACUAAGAUCACGUUGGCACCGGCCAAUGCUGACGUCAAAGUGGGUGAGACCAUCGCGAUGCAGUGUGCAGCGUCACAUGACACCACUCUUGACAUCACCUUCAUCUGGUCCCUGGAUGGCCGGGUGAUUGACCUACACAAGGAAAGCCAACAUUAUGAACGCACCCUGAAUGGAAGUUCAAACGGUGAGCUGCUGAUUAAGAACGUCCAUCUGAAGCACACUGGACGCUACACCUGCACUGCCCAGACCCCCAUCGACAACAUGACCGCCUCGGCCCACCUGGUUGUCAGGGGUCCCCCCGGAGCCCCAGGUGGGGUGCGAGUGAUGAACAAAACUGACAAGAGUGUAAUGUUGCAGUGGAGCCGCGGAGCAGACAACCACAACCCCAUCACCAAAUAUACCAUCCAGUACAGGGACUCCUUCUCAAAGGAUGUCUGGAAGAAUGCCACGACAUCUCCUGCAGAUGUAGAAGGGAAUACAGAGAUGACCACAGUGGCGGAUCUGAUCCCCUGGAUUGAGUACGAGUUCAGAGUGAUCGCCACCAGCACCUUGGGGACAGGAGAGCCAAGCAGCCCGUCACAUAAAGAGAAAACCCUGGAAGCAAUUCCUGUGGUGGCGCCCUCUGAUGUGGGCGGUGGCGGAGGGACCAACAGAGAGCUGACCAUCACGUGGACGCCUGUACAGCCGCAGUACUACUAUGGGCCUAACUUUGGCUACAUUGUGGCCUUCAAACCACACGAUGGAGCGGAGUGGAUGCGGGUGACGCUGGCCGACCCCCAGGCCAAGCACUACGUCCACAAAGACGCCGCCAUCCCUGCAUCCACGGAGUUUCAAGUCAAGGUCAAAGCGUUCAACAGCAGAGGAGAGGGACCCUUCAGCCUAACAGCCAGCAUUUACUCUGCACAGGACGCUCCAUCUGAAGCUCCUGUCAUUGUGGAUGGCAAAUCUCUCUCUGCCACAGAAGGCACCGUGCGCUGGCUGCAUCUCGCACAGAGCAAUAUAGACGGAUACCAGGUGAAGUACUGGAGGAGUGAAGAGGACAGUGAGGGGGGGGCCCAGAGGGUGGUGGUCAGCGCCAAUGAGAACAGCACCAGGCUGGAGGGCAUGAAGCCCUUCUCCUACUACCUGGUGGAGGUCCGGGCGUACAACUCUGCAGGAUUUGGGCCGGCCAGCGAGCCCUUCCAGAUCCUCACCAAGAGACCCCCUCCAAGUCGAGCUCCCAAAAUAAUUGGGAAAAAGAUUAAAGGCGACAAAUUGAAUAUCGCCUGGGAAAUGGUGGAACCGAUUGGUAACGAGGCGUCGAUAAAUGGUUAUAAAGUGCUGUACAGGCGGCAGGGGCACACCGAGAAUACGCUGUUCGUAACCAACAAGGAGUACAUCAACCUCCCCCUGCCCGAAGGGGGGAACUGGGUGGUGGAGGUCCGGGCGUUCACAGAGGGGGGGGAUGGGGCCGUGUCACAAAUCUACGUCACAGGUGGGGGGGUCCUGGCCGCCCCGGCUCUCAGCCUCCUCUCCCUGCUCCUGCUGGCCCUCCUCUGCCUGAACCUCUGAAUGUAGCGCCAUCUUUGUCCUUCGUGAAGGAGACUCUUUACGGUUGACGCCUAUAGGGACUUUGGGACUAUUUCCACUAUCUUUUGGUUCCACCCCGUAACCCCCAGGACGUUAUAUUCCAACUCCUGCCCUCUGGGAUAUGUUUGUGGAAAUAUACACAGAAAUGGAAGAAUUGGACAAAGACAUCCCUUAUGUAUCCAUAAAAAGCCUCUUUGGAGGGGUGUCAAAAGAGUCAACUUUUUAAAUAUGCCUUAUAUAAACGACUGCACUUAUCUUUCACAAUGACUUGUUUUAAAAUGGACUGAAAGUGUGAGCAUUACACUUUAUGUUGGCUGUUAAGUCUUUUUACAUCAUGAAGCCAACCUUUCUUAUAUGCUGUAGAUAAAAACCCUGUUGGUUCAGAAAUGUGGGCUUCAUUUGAUUUAGGAUAUUUUAGAAAAUCUAUCCCACAGUGCAUUCCAUAGUAUAAGGUAAACAAGUAGCUGUGAAGGAUAAGUGUAUAAGUUUAUAAAAAUGUCUUUACGUCUUUCUUUACUUGCAAUUCAGUGGCAUUUUCUUUUUUAAAUGAAGCACACCCUUUGUUACAAAGAUACAGUCAAAGCAAAUCUCAUCCUUCCAUCCUUGAUUUGUGUUAACAAACAUAGAGAAACAAGCUAUGUCAUGCUGAAAUAAUGUAUCCAAUAAUAAUCUAAUAUGCUAUGGAUGUUGUUUGAACAAAAAGAAGAAUGGUUUGACCUGCAAUCAGUGCUCUUUUACAAACCAUAACAUGAACUCAAUUGAUAGAAAACCACUGUCAAAACGGUGUGCAUGUCAACAUUGUUACAUGGAAGAAGAGUUAAAAAAGUGUUCAAAGGUGUGUUGGAGUUUAGCGAAAUGGAUCCAUAUUAAAAAAGUGAUAUAUAUAUACAGUAUAGCACACCAUAGGAGCAGGAAGUGAACCGAACAACAUAUCAGACAUGCUGUGUCCAAUUAAAAACUUCAGCAGAAGACUGUGGUUAUUUUUAUUGCCGGCCACCUCUGGUAUAUUUGUAAAACGGUUCAGUGAUCAAGGCUUUGCCACAACAUCUGGGUCAUUGUUGAAUUGACUAAAAAAACACUUUUGUUUUGACUGUAUCAUUAGGACCUCAGUGGUACCAGUGGGUGCUUUGUAAAGAAUGUUUGCAUUUUAUUUUGUGUAAUCAUUUUCAUUUCAUCUCACUCGUUUAUGGCUUUGUGUGAGAGUCACUAUUAACAGUUAUAGUGAAAGGUAGCGACGCUCAUGCCCUCCAAUAAUUGUGCAAUGUACGAUUCAUCUGUGGCUACUUUAUCUUUUCUAAUAAGACAACUUGCCUAGCUCCUUUAACAGUAAUCUUGUAUAUAUAAUUUUUCAUUAUCUGGCAUUAGCAGACGAAAAGCAAAGCCAUCCAUGUCAGUGGAGCCCAUCAAAAUCUCAUGACGUUGUUUCCACUGAACCGUUUUUGUCUUUUUAUUAACAUGUGAUCAGAGAUAUAUAAACAUUAUCAACUGUUGUCGUUUUUUUGUUUACUAUUAUUAUAUUUGUAUGUCAUGACCCACACAGUUUUAAACUGUUUUUGGACAGUUUAAAACUUUAUUUCACUCGAAUGGAGGAGAAGAAAUGCUGCGUUUUGAAUUCCUCCGAUUCAUUUCCUGUGAGACUGAUGCUGGCCAUGCUUCUACAUUGUGACUAUAUCAACAUCCACCACAAAGUGCUUUUCCCAGUUUUACUUCAUGCGACAAAUCAUAAAAGAGUUGCCAAAUGCAUGAAUGCCUUGAACUUUUGGACGAAGCGGCGGCUCUACAUUCUAACAUGCAUGACAUUGGAGACGAAGCGGUACAUUACUUUGCAACAAAUCGUCAUCAUAGCAACUUGUCAACCUCUCAGCUUCAUGUGAAAUACAUUCCAUUCCCGAGUGACAUCCCUUUACGUCAGAGACCGUGUAGAGCCUAAAUCUGUAUUGUUAAGCUUCAUUAAGCCAGUCAUCUCAUAUGAUGUCUCUGGGAGAGGAUCUUUUAUGGAGAAAGUCUUAAACUGACUAAAGGAAUCUCACUCAUUCAAGUUCAGAAAUGGUCCUGCAGACUCACACACGAUGGAGGCGGUUUGAUAGCAUCCGUGGCGGCAUGUUUGGCUGUUAGCUGGAAGUUCAGUGCUUCGUUGGAUUUGAAUGGCACUUGUGAGGGAUGAAACUGGAACCUCUCAUUGGCUGGAAAAGGAACAAUAAAAGUGUAGUUAACCAUUAAAA